AUGGAAGCCCAAUUCCUUCCAACGCCCAACCCAACCCUCCCCUUCUGGCUCACAGACCGCUCUCCUCUCGACCAAAUCCGAUCUACUCCCGAUCUCCCCUCUGAAUCAGACAUCGUCAUAAUCGGCGCCGGAUAUGCGGGCAUCAGUCUUGCCUAUCACCUCUUAACAUCUGCGCAAAAGUCAGGAACAGCGGCUGUACCGUCAAUAACAAUCCUCGAAGCGAGGACGGUAUGUUCUGGCGCAACGGGGCGGAAUGGCGGCCACGUAAGACCAGACACCUACAGCCUCAUCCCGCGAUACAUGCAACGCCACGGCAUCGACGCCGCGCGCGAAGUCGCCGAGUUCGAGCUCUCUCACAUCAAAGCUCUACAAGACGUUAUCCGCGCGGAAAAGAUAGAGGAUUGCGACUUCCUACUUACGCGGAAUGUAAAUGUAUAUCUCAACCAAAACCGUGGCAAUGAGACGAAACGUGCAAUUGAGAAAUUGCGUGAAAUGGGCUGUGGGUUUGUAGAUGAUAUUUUCGUGAUGGAUGAUAAGGACGCUGAGGCUAUCUCGGGAGUCAAAGGCGCAAAAACAGCAUUUUCAUUUACGGCAGGCUCAAUAUGGCCCUAUAAAUUCAUCAUGGGUUUGCUGCAUGCUGUUUUGCGGCUUGGAGGCGACAAGGUGAACAUCCAGACCACCACACCCGUCCUCUCUGUCUCCUCAACAGAAGGCGUACACAUCGUCAACACAUCCCGCGGCACAAUCCGCGCGAAAAAAGUAGUCUAUACGACAAAUGCGUAUACAUUCGGUCUCGUCCCCGAAUACGCACCCUCAAUAAUCCCCGCUAAAGGCAUCGUAGCCCAUAUUUCUGUCGCAGAUGGGAAAAGGCCACCACUGUUAUCACAAACAUAUAUCCUCCGUCCCGACGCAAGCGAUGGCGCGGAUUACAUGAUUGUGCGACCGGACGGAAGCAUCAUAAUCGGUGGCGCGCACCAGAUUCAUACGUUUCCCGAAAAGGGUGCGCAGGGGAACGCAGAGUGGUACGGGAACAUUGAUGAUUCGAGUCUUAUAGACUCGACAAGGGAGUAUUGGGAUGGGUAUAUGCAGCGAUACUUCCACGGAUGGGAGGAUACAGAUGCGAAAGUGGAAAAAUUAUGGACCGGCAAAGUAAUGGGCUACUCAUCCGACUCGGCACCACACAUCGGCCAAAUCCCUUCUCGACCAAACCAGUUCAUAGCCGCUGGCUUCAAUGGGCACGGCAUGCCCGUAAUCUUCCUGUCAACAAAGGGACUAGCAGAAAUGAUCCUCCACAACACGCCCUACACACAAACCGGGUUACCGCGAAUCUACAAGACCAGCGCUGAGAGACUCGAAGCUGCACGGGUUGGGAAGGAAGGGGGAGAUAUCCUCCAUUUCGAACAAUAA